CUUUGAGAUAGCUGAGGGGAUUUUGGAGUGAUCUUUCAGCUCUAAAACAAGUCUAGAAAAAGCUUUGAAUAUAACCAAGAUGUUGUCAAGAUUCCCGAAAAAUGUGAUACGUCGAGUUAUGGGCAUAACCGGUAAAGAUGGUGCACAACUGCCCGCCCGAUUGGGGCCCAGCGACGUCCAUGCAGGUCGGAUGUUUGCUCACCAAGACUCCCUCGCUAGGCUACCUGUACCUCCGCUGCAGCAGACGUUGUAUAAGUACCUGAUGGCGGUCAAACCCAUCAUCAGUCCUGAAGACUAUGAAGUCACAAAGAAGAUUGUAGAUGACUUUGGGAAACCAGGCGGUGUAGGACAAGAUCUUCAGAUGGGUCUGAUUAACAGAGCUAAGAAAAUGGACAAUUGGUUAUCAGACUGGUGGUUGAAUGUAGCCUAUCUGGACUUCAGAUCGCCGGUCAUUGUCCAUAGCUCACCGGGGGUCGUCUUUCCCACGGACGAGAUGUCAGAGUUCAAAGGUCGUGAGGGUCAGCUCCAACAAGCAGCCAAGCUCAUCAGGAGUGUCAUGGAUUUCAAGUACUUAAUUGACACUCAAUCUGUUCCAGUCGAUAAGAUGGCUGGCCAACCUUUAUGCAUGGAUCAGUACUACAAGGUUCUAGCGUCUUGCAGGAUACCAGGUCCCAAGAAGGACGAGGUCAAAAUCUUCCCACCCAACAUGCCUAAUGCUCCAAAGCACAUCACCGUCGCCUUCAACAACCAGUUCUACAGCGUGGAUGUGCUGCGGCCCGACGGAAAACCUUACAGCCUGGAUGACCUCUAUGCACAGCUGAAAUACAUCGUCAUGGCAACCCCGAUGCCUGCGGUGCCGGUCGGUAUACUCACCGCCGAGCACAGGAAUACAUGGGGAAAGAUCUACAAGAAAAUGAAGAAAGAUUAUGAGAACAAGGACUCCUUUGAGAAGAUCAAGCGUAGUCUCUUUCUUGUCGCCCUGGACCAGGAUGAGAGGCUGGGUGCAGAUGGAAGUGAUAUAGCCAUGCGAGGGCGCCAGUCGCUCUAUGGGGGCGGCAGUAUGAUCAGCAGCGGCAACAGAUGGUUUGAUAAAACAUUGCAAUUCUGGGUUGGUACUUCAGGUUAUAUGGGCCUAACCUAUGAGCACUGUACUGCAGAAGGCCCACCUAUAGUAGCUAUGGUUGACCACAGUCUCAAUAACAUGAAUAAUCUAGUGACAGAAGCCGGUUCAGAUACACCCAAUCCACCUAAACCAGAGCGUCUCGACUUCAACAUCAGCCCUGAUAUAGUAGAAGCCAUCGAAGAAGCCAAGCAUAAUGUUGAUGUGGCUCAUAACGAUCUACAAGUUACCCUCUUCCAGUUCAAGGAUUUUGGUAAAAACCUCCCCAAGUCUCAACGUCUCAGUCCAGACUCCUUCAUCCAGAAUGCAAUACAGUAUACAUUCUACAAGUUGUACGGCUACUCUACAGCGACCUACGAGAGUGGAUCGUUACGGAAAUACAAGCUAGGUAGAACUGACACAAUCCGAUCAGCGACCAUUGAAUCAGAUGAAUUCGCUCAGGGAAUGUGCGACCCAACUAAAUCGCCUAGUGAAAAGGUGUUGCUUCUAAGGAAAGCCAUCUCAGCUCACAAGCAAUACACAAAUGAUGUUAUAAACGGUGAUGGUAUAGACAGGCAUCUCCUAGGUCUGAAGCUAAUAGCCAUAGAGAAUGGUGCCAAUGUUCCGGAUCUCUUCAUGGACACUGCCUUCACAUCAUGUACUCACUUUAGGUUAUCUACCAGUCAGGUUCCUGCCAAGCAUGACCUCACAAUGCUGUUCGGGCCGGUCGUUCCUGAUGGAUACGGGAUCUGCUACAACCCUCAGAGCGAUCACUUCAACUUCUCCGUGACGGCUUUCAACACCAGUCCUGAGACGGACUCUGACAGGUUUGCGGACGGUCUCAGAGACAGUCUUCUAGAAAUGAGUCAUAUCCUCGUCAAUGCCCCUCCUGCUGCUAAACUUUAGACAACUAAUCCAAGGGGGUGUUUCACAAAGAUCCUAAAUUGAACUUAUCUCUAAGUUGGACUUAACAAUUAUGGAAAACCUUUAGCACCUUUGAAAAUAUUUUGUAAA